AUGUUUGCCACCUUUUCUUUAAAGGGGCUCUUGUCCUGCCUGCUUUUUGCAGGUGCCACCACGGCUGCGGCUAUAUCUCAUGACCUUGAGUCUCGGCAGUCUUCUUGCAACACGCCGAGCAACCGUCGCUGCUGGACUUCCAACUUUGACAUCACGACUGAUUAUGAAGCAUCAACUCCACCUGGCGGCUCCGUGACCUACAACUUGGAGAUCACCGAAGUCCACAACUGGAAGGGACCCGACGGGGUCGUUAAGAGUUUUGUGCAGCUCAUCAAUGGCCAAUUCCCCGGCCCGACCCUGUAUGCCAAAUGGGGUGACACGAUCACGGUCAAUGUCAAGAACAGCAUGCCGACAAACGGUACUUCAAUCCAUUGGCAUGGUCUUCGCCAGCUCGGAACAAAUGUCCAGGAUGGUGUGAAUGGCGUUACCGAGUGUGCCCUUGCUCCGGGCAAAUCCAGAACCUACCGCUUCAAGGCGACUCAGUACGGCACCACCUGGUAUCACUCUCACUUUUCCGCGCAAUAUGGAAAUGGUGUUUGGGGUACUAUCCAGAUUGAUGGUCCGGCUUCGAACAAUUAUGAUAUCGACCUCGGCGUUUACCCCAUCAGCGACUACUACUAUGACUCGGCAGAUGACAUCGUCUUGCAAACUCAGGCGGUUGGCUUUCCUCCGCCGAGCAACAAUGUUCUGUUCAACGGCACCAAUAUUAACCCCGUGAACACAACUCAGGGCAAAUACUCUGUUGUCACUCUAACUCCAGGCAAGCGUCACCGCCUCCGCUUGAUCAACCCCUCGGUCGAACACAACUACCAAGUAUCACUUGUGGGUCACGACAUGACGGUCAUUGCCACGGAUUUGGUUCCGGUCAAUUCCAUGACACUCAACAACAUCUUCUUGGGAACAGGUCAGCGAUAUGAUGUUCUGAUUGAUGCCUCCAAUACGGUCGGAAACUAUUGGUUCAAUGUUUCACUAUCAACGUCCGGUCUCUGCGGACAAUCAUUGAACCCCAAACCGGCUGCCAUCUUCCGCUACCAGGGCGCCCCAGCCACACUUCCCACAAACCCCGGCACCGUGCCUCCGGAUGCCGUGUGCCAGGACCGAACCGACUUUACCCCCGUGGUCACCCGCAAGGCCGACACCACCAACCUGGGGCCCCAAGUCAACGACCCGGCUCACAACCUGGACAUUACGUUCAACACGACCGCGCCAGUGACCUGGUUCGUCAACAACAGCGCCAUUGACGUGCAGUGGGACAAGCCGGUGCUCGACUACGUGCUGGCGCGCAGCACGGCGUACCCGCGACGGGAGAACCUCGUCAUCGUCGACGACAAGGACAUUUGGACGUACUGGGUGGUGCAGAACCUGACUCCGGUCCCGCACCCCAUGCACCUCCACGGGCACGACUUCCUGGUCCUGGGCCACGCCGCCUCGUCCAACUUCACCGCGUCCAUGAGCUCGUCGCUCAACUUCAACAACCCCACCCGCCGCGACGUCACCAUGCUGCCCGGCCUGGGCUACGUCAUCCUCGCCUUCAAGUCGGAUAACCCGGGCAACUGGCUCAUGCACUGCCAUAUCGCCUGGCACGUGAGCGGCGGUCUGUCGGUCGACUUUAUGGAGCGUCGCAACGAGCAGGCGGCUCUCAUCAGCUCGGCGGAUUUGGCUGCUUACCAGAAGCAGUGUGCCGACUGGCGGGCUUAUGCGCCCAAGGCGCCCCCCAAGAUUGAUUCGGGUAUCUGA